AUGAGCGCACUAAAGAGCAGCAAGAGCCUCCCCGGCGACCUUUCCCUGGGCGGCGCCGCCGCCGCCGCCGAGGCGCAGCAGCGCGACUGGGAGCGGCAGGGCGACUCCCAGCUGCUGCGGCCGCUGCUGCGCGAGACCGGCUACUGCGCGGCCCUCGACGACACCCCCGCCUUCGCCGCCGGGUUCGACACCGGUUACUCCUCCGACCAGGAGGACCGCUCGGCCGCCGUCCGCCUGCGGCGCGACCCGUCGUACGGAAACCCCCUCGAGUGCGACGGCUUUGCGGCCGGCUUCAAGCGCUUGCGCAUGGCGGGCGGCGACGACCCCGCCCAGGCAGCGGUGAGCAUCCUCGGCCGCAUGGACGAGAGCUACGGCUGCCCCCUCGAGGCGGCCGGCUUUUCUGAGGGCUUUGACCGCGACUGCGACUCCGAGCUCGACGCGUCGUCGCCGAUCUGGCUCUCCCGCGACGCCGCCUACGGCAACCCUCUGGAGUAUGGCGGCUUUGCCGCCGCGUUCAAUGCAUGA